GCAGGCUGGCCGGAAGCGACCCGAGCUCAGCCGGAAGGAGCCGAGUCCGCCCGAAGGGGCCUGAGCGCGCCUGGACGUUGGGCUUGGCCCGGCCGGCGCCAUGGCUGCCGAGGGGACAGCUGUGGCCGGAGGCGGGGCUGUCGGCGACCGGCUGGCCAAGGACAGCUUGCAGCAGUCUCAGUGCCCGGACGCGGCCCCGAACAGGCGGCGCGGCUCGUCGCUGUCGCGUGACGCCGAGCGCCGAGCCUACCAGUGCUGCCGGGAGUACUUGGGCGGGGCCUGGCGCCGAGUGCGGCCCGAGGAGCUGAGGGUUGACCCUGUGAGCGGAGGCCUCAGUAACCUGCUGUUCCGCUGCUCGCUGCCGGACCACCUGCCCAGCGUUGGCAAGGAGCCCCGGGAGGUGCUGCUGCGGCUGUACGGGGCCAUCCUGCAGGGCGUGGAUUCCUUGGUCCUGGAAAGUGUGAUGUUCGCCAUCCUGGCAGAGCGGUCGCUGGGGCCCCAGCUCUAUGGAGUCUUUCCAGAGGGCCGGCUGGAACAGUACAUCCCAAGCCGGCCGCUGAAAACCUGUGAGCUUCGAGAGCCGGUGCUGUCAGCAGAAAUCGCCACGAAGAUGGCCCGGUUCCAUGGCAUGGAGAUGCCGUUCACUAAGGAGCCCCACUGGCUGUUUGGGACCAUGGAACGGUACCUAAAGCAGAUCCAGGACCUGCCCCCCACGGGCCUCCCCCAGAUGAACCUGCUGGAGACGUACAGCCUGAAGGAUGAGAUGGGCAACCUCAGGAAAUUGCUAGACUCUACCCCAUCACCAGUGGUCUUCUGUCACAAUGACAUCCAGGAAGGGAACAUCUUGUUGCUCUCAGAGCCAGAAAACACCGACAGACUCAUGCUGGUCGACUUCGAAUACAGUAGUUACAACUACAGGGGCUUUGACAUUGGGAACCAUUUUUGUGAGUGGGUUUAUGAUUAUACUCACGAGGAGUGGCCUUUCUACAAAGCGCAGCCUGCAGACUACCCCACCCGGGGGCAGCAGCUCCAUUUUAUUCGACAUUACCUGGCAGAGGUCAAGAAAGGUGAAACCAUCUCCCAAGAGGAGCAGAGGAAACUGGAAGAAGAUUUGCUGGUAGAGGCUAAUCGAUACGCUCUGGCAUCCCAUUUCUUUUGGGGUCUCUGGUCUAUCCUCCAGGCGUCUAUGUCCACCAUAGAAUUUGGUUACUUGGAGUAUGCCCAGUCACGGUUCCAGUUUUACUUCCAGCAGAAAGGACAGCUGAGCAGCUUCCACCUCUCAUCUUGACUCUCCAGCCCCCAACUCCUCAGAUUGCUCCUGGAGCCUCCAGGGCAGGACCUUGGAGGGAGGGGCAAAGAGCAGGAGGCUCUGGGGACUGGGCUGAGCUCUGGAGUGAACCUGGGGUUGAGGAUGCUGACCUCUCCCCACAGCAGGGAGAUGGUGGGAGAGAGCCCCUGGGCUGUGUACCUGAAGACAAUAAACAAGCUUCCUCCUUCAC